AUGUCUUGGCUCUGGUUCCUCGCUUCUCUGGUCGUUCUGGUAUCAGCUGCACCCAAAAAGGAUGGACGCGGAGUCGUGGUCUGCUACGUCGGCACCUGGGCGGCCUACAGGCCGAUGCGCGGGCAGUUCUCAGUGGAGGACCUUCGACCAGACCUCUGCACGCACAUAGUCUACUCCUUCGCCGGCCUCAACUCCACCUCGUGGACUAUCAGGUCUUUGGAUCCUCAUCUCGAUCUCGAAGAGAACUAUGGAAAAGGUUGGUACAAGAAGGUGACCGGCCUGAAGAAGGAAUACCCGGACCUGAAGGUGACCUUGGCCAUCGGAGGAUGGAACGAAGGAUCAGGAAACUACUCCGCCCUAGCCGCAGACCCGGAGAAGAGGAGGCCCUUCAUUGCAAGUGUCCUCAGGUUCCUCAAGGAUUAUGAUUUCGAUGGCCUUGAUCUUGACUGGGAGUUCCCAACGCAGAGAGGAGGUGCGCCAGAAGACAAGGAGAACUUUAUUAUACUGAUUAAGGAACUAAGGUCUGCACUGACUGUUGGAGGUUACAUACUAACCGCUGCUAUAAGCGCUUCAAUUGAUACUUUAGCAUCUGGUUACGACCUGCCGAGAGUAUCAGAUAAUCUUGACUUGGUUCAUAUGAUGGCUUAUGACUACCACGGAUCUUGGGAUAAGUUCACUGCGCCAAACGCUCCACUGUUUCCUCCAUCUGACAAACUUACUCUUAGUGCUAGCCUCGAAUAUGUGCUAAGGAAUGGAAUCCGAGCUGACAAAUUAGUAGUUGGAGUACCAAUGUAUGGUCGCACAUUUGUCCUCGAGUCUCCAUCAAGAGGUGUUCUAGGAGAAAGUUCCAUAACUACGCAAGGCUUCCAAGGUCCGUUCACAAGAACUGAUGGUUUCUUGGGAUACAAUGAAAUUUGUAACGAACUUAGAACUGGAAAUUGGACAGUUCAUUGGGACAACACUAGUUUGACACCAUUUGCUACAACAGGAAACAGGAUCAUCACCUAUGACAAUCCUGAAAGUAUAAUGCACAAAGUGAAGUAUGCCAUGGGUGAAGGAGUGGCUGGAAUCAUGACCUGGUCGGUAGAUACGGAUGAUUUCAGAGGAGACUGUGCAUUACCUGGACAGACCUCCCCAAGGGACCCCCUCCUGCAGGCGAUAAUGAUAGCGAUAGAAGAGUCUCUCUACAAGAAACCGACCACACUACCUCCUACUAAAAAGCCUGAAAAACCUGAACCAAGUUCUGCUGUACAGUUAUGCUUGUACCCAUCGCUUUAUGUUGUUUUGGCACUUAUAACUUACAGAUUCUGGUAG